AUUUACAUCAUAGAUCUAAUACAAAAAUACAGUAAUUUGUAAGUACUACGACAUCUAGUUGUACGUAUUACAUGUGUUACCGGAUUGUUACCACCGUCAGGGUUACGAGCGCUCUACUUCGACGAUAUUUGUUCUCUUAUCGCUUAUCAAUGGAAACGAACAUAAAAUAAUGCUGGAUCCGUUUACUGUAGCUGUAGCUGUUGCUGUUGAUGCUGCCAUUGAACGAUAGUUGCCGUACAUUUUCAGUAACAUUUUCAGUGACUUCUUCAAUGACAAUAUUACAGGCGACGUAACCGUGUACCUUUGGUUGAAUGUUUUUCUUUGAGCAAUUGUCGAAAAUCGUAUUGUUUUGACCAACCAUUGAACCACUUGGUGACACCAUUCUAUAAGCAGUCUCGGAAAUCAUGAAUGAUACCGAAAUGUUGGUAGAACAUAAUGAAGAUCUUGGAUCUUUGCGAGAGUGCAAUGCCAAUGAUUACUGUAGACUAUGCGCUAACAUGGAUGAACGUAUGGUACCAAUUUAUGUUGACGAGGGUGUAGAUCACAUGCUUGAAAACAAAAUCAAGACACAUUUACCAUUUUUAAAUGUUCAAAAAAACGAUUUUUUACCUCAAAAAAUAUGUUAUCAUUGUGCUUCAGCCAUAUUGGUUUGGGAUGAACUGUAUGAAAGCAGUGCAGAAGCGGAUCAAAAAUUAAGGAGCAUGUUUGAAGAAAGUCCUGAAUAUGAACAAACCGAAUGCAAGGAUAUGCAAGAAUGCAAUCUGGGCAUUACGAGUGAUUAUAAAAGGUACGACCAAUACAACAAGGAUUACGGCGGCGGCGGCGGUGGUGGUAGAAGAGGUGAAGAAGAAUUCGAAAAUGCUGCUCUCGGCCGACUUGACAGAGCCACCCAGGCGCAGCUGGCUAUCUUGACUGACUAUUAUUGUUGUUCGAAAUGCGACGGGCUGAGCUUUUCAAAAAUCCUGGACAAACAGCGACAUGACCACCAUGUCCAUGGUGUAAUUCUAUUGCCGACGCGUUUGAGUAGCUGUGCGGUGACCGACGAAGAAGAUUUUCAAAGUGGUUGUGAUUGGACCGCAGAUGACCAUAUAAAAACGGACAUAUCGAUUAGUACCCCCGCGACCAGCGUGACAGCUUCUGCAAGCGUUAUCGUUUCUCGUGCUAGUAAUCCGCCAGACAGACAACUAGAGACUAACGAAAACUUGGCGAUUGUUGACGACGCGUUAUCAACUACCCGGUGUGAACUCCGGCCAAUUACCCCGUCCAUCAAAAUCGAAGAAAUAGAUACGUUAACGGUAUCCGUCUUAGGCGUCACCGCAGGUAAUUUAGGUUCCGAAUACGUCGCGCCGUUGUCGACGCGUCCGGUACGUCGUAGCACUCGUCGGGCUGCUACUGAGCGCAAAAAAUACGCGGAAGUAGACAAUAGACUGGACAUGUGUGAUUCCGAAGGUGUACAACUCGACAGUAAUAACACCUCUUCGUUCAUGCGACGACCAAAAAAAGAACGUCGUUCGCGUGUUGGUGACGUAAAAAAUAGUGAGAUCGAACCCGGCGGUAGCGGCGGCGCUAUAAACUCGGAACACGCGCCGUCUUGCAACAACAACGAGGCAGUCACCAAUGACGUUGUUGAUACGGACCCAGAUGGAGUAGACGCGGAGCUAGACGAUGAACUUGCCAAACUAGAAGUAACGGAUCAGAAUUGUAACGUGGAUCAAACCGAAGGAACUCCUAGUGACGUGAGUGGCAGCGGUAAACACACGGCCGCCUCUUUUAAAGACGGUGGAGCCGUUGACGAGUACGACAAGUACAAAAUUGUGAUCGACAACAAGCUGUAUUACAAGUGUGACCAGUGCAACUAUGCGGUGGCCGGCCGGAGGUACAAGUUUGUCUAUCAUAUGCGCGUACACACUGGUGAAAAACCGUAUACGUGCGAUAUGUGCAGCAAGCAGUUUCGGACGGCCGCAUUUCUCCGUCGUCACGUCGUGUGCUUCCAUCAGAGGAUUCGCGGCUACCGGUGUGACAUAUGUGGCCGGUCGUUCAGCGAAAAGCGUAACGUCGACGAUCACCGGCGUAUACAUACGGGCGAGCGGCCGUUCGUGUGCGAGACGUGUGGAAAGAGCUUUGCGCAACGUUCGUCCAUGAAGAUCCAUUGGAAACAGAUGCACGAGAGCAUCAAGUCUCACCGGUGCCAGUAUUGCUCUAUGAGCUUUGUCCGUCGAUGUCACUUGGUAGCGCAUCUCACGCACCAUACAGGCGUACGUAACUACGCGUGCCACGUGUGCGGUAAGGCAUUCCUUCGGAGCGGCACGCUCAAGGGACACAUGGCAGUGCACUCGUCUGACCGUCCGUUCCGGUGUAUCGUAUGCGGUGACACGUUUAAACUAAAGAAACACCUGAAGCAGCAUGGCCGCGUGCACAGCGGUGCGGGACGUCGCGCGUUUGCCGGUUCUUCGACGGUCGAUGUCACUGAAACCAUACCGGCGGCAUCCACGAGUUCGACAGUAUACGACCUAACCGCUGAAGUCCAAUCCGUUGUAAUGCAAUGAGCCAGCGAUGCGCCCGUUCGUACGGUUACUCAAUGGGCGACAAAAACAUGUGUCGAACUGAAAUCGUUGCGGGCGGACAUAAUUAGACACGAUUUCCGUGCCAGUUGUCCAUCCGACAAAUCAUCACAUCGACAAUAGUCCACAUGCCAUCCCUACCGACGAAUGCAUAAAACAUUCAAUUGUGUUACGAUAUCAUAAGUUUUAUUUUUUUACAUUAUAAUAUAAUUUAUAAACAAUAUUAUUGUUUACUCGACGAUUACUUUUUGUAAAUUUAUUUUUAACAUUACAAUUCGGUUUGUAGUGUUAACUGUAUAAUUAAAUUUUUUAUUUAUUUAUUAUGUUUCAUGUUAGUAAAAAAAAACUAUUCAUGAAACAUACGAUGUGUUUAUUAUAUAUAUAUAACAAAAGUACGUAAUUGAUGAAAUAUUUUAUCUAUUAAGAAUUGUUAACAUAAUUAAACUAUUUAUAUUGUUCGCGAACAGGGUAAAGCUUAAAUAGUUUUUAAAAUAUUAUCAUAAUUAAUAAUGUGUGACCUUCGACAGUAUCGAGUGUUAACACGAUAUUUAUCGUAUCAAUUACUAUGAAUAGAAUUUUUUUAUUUCA